CUUCUGUCUUUCUUGCAGGUGUUUGAACAAAACGAGUCCAAAUUACGAGUGGCAAUCAAAUAUCCAUUUCGAUUUUAUUCUCUACCUCUACAAGUAAUAAGAUGCUCUCACAUUACGUUGUCCACUGGGCUGGCUACCAGGCUCAUCUGCAGUCUGCAUGCUGUGAUCAGUUUCUGUCAGAGAAGUUUGUUGAUGUCACAUUGGCAGUUGAUGCUGGUCUGAUCAAGUGCCAUCGUGUCAUAUUGAGUGCUGCAAGUGGUUAUUUCCAUCAACUUCUCUCCCAGCAUGAUUCUUCACAUCCUAUCAUCUUCAUGCGAGACAUGCAGUACUGGGAGCUGAUUGCGCUGGUGGACUUUAUGUAUCGAGGGGAGGUGACAGUGGAGGCGGACAGAUUAGAGCAGCUCAUGUGGUCUGCCAGUCAACUGCAGAUCCAUGGAUUAGCUGCCUGCCUCAAGGCAUGUCUCCAGCGCAACUCCAAUGCCUCAGAACAAGAAAUGCCCUCAUCGAUUGAUGAAACUCAACAGAUGGUAACUGAAGCAGAACUAGAGGAAGACUCCCAAGAAAGUAACGAUUUAGGAGACACUGGUAUACCUCAUUCCCUCAGCAAGUUGUGUGAGUUAAACUGUGAACUGGAGCUUCGGCCUAUAACUCCAUCCACUUCCAGUAACUCAGCUCCUUCCACCAGUGGCUCUGGAGUGGGUAGUAAAGGUAAAAAGAGGAGUUUACCAUUACCUCCACUUCACGCCCUCAGCACUGAAACUGUGCCUGUCUCACAGAAGAAUGUUGUCAAGGAAGAAAUUGAAUUCUUUGAAGAAAAGCCACCGCUUUCACCGACUGGAUUAGAUACUCCCAUUCAAAUUCAGAGUGUGUUUUCAGAGCGUUCAAACUCAGAUGAUAAGGGGGAAGCUUCUGAUGAAUGUAUUGAUAUUGAGGAGGAGUCAGCUACAUCAACAGCUCCAGCAGACAUGAAAAAAUCAAACCAAACAAUAAGACAGUUUCUGCUACUGAAUCCAAUGCAAGGACACUUGCAAGAUGUCAACAAUCAACGAAAUGAUUAUAGUAAAAUGAGCCUCCAUGACCCUCCACUGUACAAACGCUACUCACCAAGCGUUUUAGAGCAAGCUCUUCUGGACCUGAAGACAGGGAGAUUCCAGAGUAUAAGGGCAUGUGCCAGACAUCAUGGGAUACCAAUGACUACUCUGCGCUACCGAGCCAAGGGCAAGACCCAACGGCCGGCCUGGCUAGCUCAAUAAACCAGCCAGAAACUCAGUUUGUAAUUACACCAUUAUUACCCUCAGACACUAUUUUAGAAAAAAAAUGUGAUUGAAACAGUUGACAAUAGACAUUGUACAACAUCUGACUUACAUCAUAGGACCGGUACACAGUUCAUUAAGGAAUAUUUGUAGACUAAGAAAAUCAUCAUGAUAAUUGGUAUUAAGAGAUUUGAACCUUUUUGAAUGCAACUAAGAUAUUAGGUACUUAAAAUUGUGUGUGACUAUUUUUUGUAGCUCUCUGAUGUCACGAGCUGUGUUAACAUAUACAAUACUUAACUCUAUUAUUGUUGUAUUUUAGUAUUGUUUUCAAAAAAUACUGCCAAUAAAACAUGCAUAAACUGAAAAGUUAAAAAAUAAAUACC